AACAAUUAUGCCCAAGUUAAAAAAAUUUCCGUCUCCGACUCUCAACAUUUUUCCCCAACUGUGGAUCCAUCCCUCCUCUCUCAACGGAGAGACUCCUCUCCGCCUUCUUCAUCUCCCUCUAUCUCGCUCUCCAUCCCCCAGUUCCCCCUUCCUCCUUCUCCCACGAUUUUUCGUGACAGAGGCAAACAAGCAUCAAAGCACCAUCGGUCUCAACGGCAGGCGAGCACCAGAUCCCACGACUUGCAACACCGUGCGAAAGAUACGACGAACAGGGUUUUUGCGGUGUGUUCGGGUGGAAAAAGAAGGCAAGGAAAAGAAAUAGUGAAAGGCACUUCUGGAUCUUCCAAACCUCUCUUCUUGGUGACGAUAAUGCGUUUAGUUAUCCCAUGGAGCUUCACUCUUGCACUGAUUGACGGAUAUUCUGUACUGGUUAAGUGCUCUCUUCGUCAGCCUGGAAUACUGGUGAUUGUUGUAGUUGGAGAUUGGUGUGUAAGAUGUUCUCUUUGGAGUUCGUGGCUGCGGGAGAUGAAAUUUGAAGGAUGCGUUGCGAAAGUUGGCACCCGGCGUGUAAGAUCGAUGUUCUCUUUAGAGUUCGUGGCUGUGGGAGGUGGAAUUCAAAGAAGGAUACAUUGCAAAAGUUGGCCCCGAGGUGGUGUAGUAUUUUGGAAAGAUCCAUGAUGCUUUUUGAGAAUCCUACAGCAUAAGUAGUAGUAAACUUUAUAUUUUGUUUCCUAGGGCUAAACUUUGUUUUGAUGGUUUGAACCAUGAUGCCAUUAUUAUGUAGCUGAAAGGAUUUGGCUAAUGUUUCACAGUAAUGACAAUUUGUUUACUUGAAAGCUAACAGUUUUUUGUUAUUUAUGGUUAUGGUUAUCCAUGGUUGUAUGAGGUGGUGAUGGAUUCUAAAUAUGAGCAGGGAAUGUAUAAAAAAUGUUUGCUAGGAGAAAUAUUCAUUGCUUGCAAGGA